AUGGCUGGCGGCGCCCUCCUGGAGCGCGUGGAGUCGCGCGCGUACAGCGAGCGCUACAUCGCGGGGCUGGUGCGCUCCAUCCUGCGCUUCAUCGCACAGUGCCACGCCAAGGGCAUCGUGUACCGCGACGUCAAGCCCGACAACUUCCUGUUCCUGUCGAAGGACGAGGACUCGCCCCUCAAGGCCACUGACUUUGGGCUGUCCAUCCGCCACAGCACAGAGGAGGCCAAGCUCACCAGCCGCUCAGGCACUCCGGCCUACAUGUCGCCAGAGCUGGUGAUGCAGUGCUACGACGAGAAGUGUGACAUCUGGUCCGUCGGCAUGAUGGCCUACCAACUGCUCACCGGCCGCUUCCCCUUCUGGGAGGAUGUCCGCAACGAGACCCUUAGUGAUGUGUGGAAGGCUGUAUUGUCCCAGGAGAUCAACUGGGAGGCGGCAGAGCUGCAGGUCCUCUCGAGGCCGGCGCGCAACUUCCUGGAGCGCCUGCUGCAGCGCAACCCCCAGCUGCGGCCCAGCGCCAGCGAGGCGCUGGAGGACCCCUGGCUGGCGGACGACGGCCUGGCCAGCGACGUGCCGCUCAAGGGCAGCGUCGUGGCCCGGCUGCAGCGCUUUGCGACCUACGGCCACCUGAAGCAGCUCGUGCUGCGCAUGAUCACCGAGGAGAUGCGCCACAAGGGCAGGACGCCCUCGCUCGCGUCGGCCAUGCAGGAGCUGUUUGCCGAGUACGACGUCGACUCCAGCGGCUCUAUCAGCUUUGACGAGCUGGCCACCGGCCUGCAGAGGCAGGGGUACAACGUCAACGAGUCGGAGGUGCGGCAGCUGAUGAGCCGCCUGGACAUGGACAACACCGGCCACGUGGAGGGCGACGAGUUCGUGGCGGCCCUCAUCGACUGGGGCGUGAUCAUGCAGACGGCUGAGUGGCAGGAGUACGUGGAUUCUGCCUUCUCGCGGCUGGACGUGGAUGGUGACGGCUUCAUAGAGCUGGAGGAGCUCCUGGACCGCAUGCCAGAGGACUUCCUGCAGGGGGACGAUGUCGAGCGCGUGUCGGAGGCCAAGCGCAUGCUGCGUGAGGCGGACGCCAACGGGGACGGCCGCAUCUCGCGCGCCGAGUUCUUGGGGCUGCUGCGGGAGAACAUUUCUCCCGACAGCCUCAGCCUCUACGACAACCGCCUCAAGAUACACACGAUCUCCCCGGCGGCGUGA